AUGACCCACUCUACAAUCCACAACUCAACGCAAUAUUACUCUAAAUAUCCAUAUACAAAUUGCUUGCUCAUAUCAUCAGAUCCAACUGAUGCUACCUCGAAACAAGUUCUUCUUUUGAAUCGUCAGAAAAAACCAUGGAUGGGCAAUUGGAACGGUAUUGGAGGGAAACUUGAGUCACACCGUGACUCCACCCCAUUAAUUGGUGCCCAGAGGGAAAUUCGUGAAGAGUCAGGGUUGCCAUAUCCUGAAACACAGAUCACCGAUCUUCGAUGCUGUGGUAUCAUGGAAUGGUAUAUGAUGUUUCGCUACCAAGGCAAAGAAAAAGUAGAAUUGAAAGAUGAGAGCGAGGUCAAUGAGGAAGAUGUCCGAGGGAUGUACAUAUUUGUCGGUACAGUGAGACCUGAGGAUAGGGAAAAGUAUAUCAGUACCCCCAAACUGUUUGAUGAAGGAAUCCUCGAUUGGAAGAAUGUCGAUUGGAUAUUGGAUGAUGAGAACUUGGGGAUUGUGAAGAAUGUGAAGUUGGCAUUACCAUGGGUGUUGAGCGGCGAAGCUGAUGAAAAUAGUUUAUUCAAGGCUUAUUUCAGUGAUUUAAAUGUAGUUAGUGAAGUGCGGUUUGUAAAAGAUGGGCUAUUGAAGAAAUAG